GUAACAAAAUACUAAACAUGACUAUUUUCAUUUACAUGACAUUGCUGUGCCCCAAACAUUAUGAUGCCCUGAAAUGGGGGGGACUAUGUAUAAACACUGCUGUAAUUUCUACAUGAUGAAACCAAAAUGUAUAAAAUUGUCUUUAUUAAAAUCUGACAAUGUGCACUUUAACCACAUGUGAUUUUUUCUAUUACAAAUCUCAAAUUGUGGAGUACAGAGGCAAAUAAAUAGGUUAUAGGUCUUUGUCCAAACAUUAUGGAGGGCACUGUAGCUGCAGGCAUCCGAUAGCCGGCCAGAGCCACAGCAUUGUGAAGACCAGGACAGGAAUUUUAGCUGGUGCAGAUUUGAACGCUCCUUGAAUGCCAAAGGACAUGAUGCAGGCUCCCCGCCAGUUCCUACCUCACCACUGACUGCACAACUUCAGAGAGCCUGAAGGCAAUGGAGAAAACCAACCUCCCUUUUGCACCUUUUUUACAACCACGGUCAAUGGCUGGGUUUUGAAGCAUGAAAUAAAACUGGAAAAAGCUGGAGAUACUCAGCAGGACAGGCAGCAUCUGUGGAAAGAGAAACGGGAUGAAUGUUUCAGGUCAAUGGAACAAAUCAUGAGAGGAUUCUGAUGGAGGAUAUCAGCUCAGAUAUGGCAGUACUUUCUCUGAACUUCACUGGGAAGGCAGCAUGAAAAAUCUUUGGAUGUUUACAUAUCCACUAUAGUGGGAUCAAAGUCUUUUACCUCCGCUGCUUCAAUCCCAUGUUCUGCCGGGUUAUCCUGCCUUUAUACUUGGCUAUUUAACUGCGUACAGCUUGGGUCUGGCCCUCUUUUCACUGAAUUAAACAAAGGCUGUGGUUAAUAGGUAUUUGUAUUAAGUGCCAUGUUCAUCUCAAGCACGUCAGUGUUUAGAGCUGGGUUCCAUGGAGACCUAUUGUAUCGUUCCUCAUGCUGUUUACUUGGAUCUACACAGUAGCAUUUCCCAGUGCAGAAUCAGUGUGUGAAGAGAAUGUAUUUUGCUGAGAACGCUGUCUAUUCCCCUCAGGCAUGGGAACAAGAACCUCAAAGAGUGCAGAUAAUUCAACAGCAGGUUCCUCAGCAGCCAGCGACCAUAAUCCAGCAAAUCCCUGGACCACAGCCUCCUCAGAUUCCACCUGCCAGGAAUGGACAUAUGAAGGAAGAACUGGUGGAGCUGAUGAUGAUACAAAAUGCACAGAUGCACCAAGUGAUCAUGAACAACAUCACCAUGUCAGCACUCUCCAGCUUUGGGUACAACACGCAGCCACAGCCUGCCAAACAGAAUGCAAUAUCAAUCAGGAUGGAAGAGAGUGAGCCAGACACAGUUUACCACCAUCACUACGAGCCCUGGCCCUACCCUUCGUAUCCCACAUGGCCGACACUGCCACCCCAGGUCCUACCUCAGCUGUACCACCCGAUCCGACUACCGCAAGAGAACCUGCAGCCAACAGUGCGGCACAUCAGUCGAGACGGACGUCCAAAUCCCCGGAGAGAGUUUAAAGCGGUCCCUCCACCUCCACCACCCAGUGCCACAGGGACAGUGGGAGCAGACGUCCUCCCGGCCUCAGAGUAUUACGAUGCGGCUGAUGGUCCGAUAUGACAGGCUCCGGGUCCCGCUCCAAGAGGAUCCAUUCGCGAAGCACACAUCUGGCUCAAUAACCAUUGAGACCCAAGUGCCUGGCAGCUGCCGUCUCAAGCAGUGAUUCUCAUUUAAUGCCGCAAUAAAUAUGAACUUGGCUCAAGACCUUUGCUGUUGUGUAUUAGUCCCCAGCCAUCUGCUCGAUGCUCUGCCAUUCAAUUUACUCUUGCCUUUGGAUAGAGAAGAAUUCGAAGAGUGUUAGCGAUCCAAAAUAAAAUACAGGGCUUCGGUAAUGUUUCCAGCUAUCCCUCUCCUUAGACAGAGUCCUGUAUUUUAUACAGCAGCCCUUUGGAAUGGUUGGGAGAGAGGAGGGGUUGUAGUAGGCAAAUGAAGGAUGGAGGGAGUGGGGGAGAGGAUACA